CCGCGUAAACACCAAUUACGGUCAUCAAUACUUUGAUUGACAGGUUUCCCUAUUCAUUUUUUGUGCCGGUGACACGUGCCUGAUAGAAAUAAAACCACAAUGUUCCAUCAAUCCUUGAAUGUCACUACAGGCUCAUAAUCAGACCAUGUGGUAUUUUUUUCGAAACAUUAGCUAUAAAAAGGAAGAAAAACUUCUUUAGUAGCUCAGAUUAUAUCACAUAAAUAAAUAUCAAGCACUCUAAACAAAAUGAAGCUUCUCGCCACAUUGCCUCUUUUUUCUUUGGUCCUCGCUGCGCCAAGAUUAAUCCCAGAUAUUAAGCCCCUAGCCGGAAUCUUAUCGGUUAAAAACGCCAAAACCCCAGAACAACUUGGAAGUGGAUUCAUCUCCUAUAAUGGCAGUGUAAGUAAGAAAAUUGAACCUCACAUGUUUUUUGCAGAGAAAGGACACGUGUAUAUACAAUUAUUGGGCGAAGAUGGUCAGAAUGCAAAUAGACUUUUCAUGGGUCUCGACGCAGAAAAAAAGCUUGUGAUGAAAGACUACGCGGAGACAAAUGUUAAAAUCAUAGAGGAUAUUCACUGUAAGGAUUUCUUCUUGAGUGCCAAUAAUGGUGGCAUCUUUCAGGUCUGUGAAGACGGUCUGAUCGGCCAUAAUAGUGGUUGCGAAUCUACCGAGACAAUUGAGAUUCAAUGGAUCAUUCAAUGAGCUGUUUCAAAAUGAGGAUUAUUGCUUGGCCUUUUUAUGUAUAGACCUACAGCUGUCCAUAUAUAAUUUAGUGUAUGUUUAAUACAUCCACAUUGGAAUAACAAGUAAAAGGACCUUUGAACAAAAUUCAAAAGAUCUGUGAAAGCAAGCAGGGUCGUACAACUUGGAAACCCAAUUGUUAAAUGAAACAAUGUAUUUAAUAUAUGGC